GAUAAAACGAGAACUUUCACGUUAUGGUAUGGUAACAGUAUGGUUGGUUUUGUUUGCAGUCAGAUAAGCAAUGAUGCAUUACAUGAUCAUGAUUGUUUUACUCUAUGGGUGCAGCCUCAGCUCCUACUCUCAGGUCCUCCUGCAUACGUACAUGUACAUCUACGUUAACAUAAAAACGACCUGGGCUGGUGCUCAGCAGUACUGCAGAGCCAACUAUGACGACCUGGCAACAAUCACAAACUUAAAGGACAUGAGCAGUCCUGCAUUUGCCAAUUCACCAGUGUGGAUAGGACUACAUGACGACCCAAAUGCCUGGAAAUAUAACAUGGGUAAUGAGCCCAACUCCUGGAGGUGGUCAGCAACUGGUGAAACAAGCCCAACUGGUUAUAAAAACUGGUUGCCUGGUGAACCCAACAAUUAUGGUGGACAUGAAACCUGCGUGGUAAUGAAUCCUAAUGGACAAUGGAAUGAUGUGAUCUGUGAUCAAUUAAAUCCCUUUGUUUGUUACAAUGUGACAAACCAAAAUCAAACAAUUUAUGUGUUCAUAGCAAACAACUUCACAUGGAGUUCUGCCAGAGCAUAUUGCAGACAAUACUUCACAGACCUGACUACAAUCGACUACAGUGAUGUCAAUGCUGCUGUAAACAACGUCUUUUCUGCAAAAUCACAGACUCAACUAGUUUGGAUUGGUUUGUACCGAGUGCCUUGGACCUGGUCUGACAACUCUCCUAGCACCUACAGAAGCUGGUAUAGCUUUAGCCCAAACAACGUAUUAUACACAGAGUUCUGUGUGUACAUGAGUUCUACAUAUCAAUGGGAUGAUUUAAAUUGUGGCAACGUUUUGGCCUUCGUCUGCGAACAAGUUUCAAUAAAGAAGACCAUGAUAAGGAUCAAGAUCAAAACAGAUGCAGACAUCACCAAUUCAGCCAUUAAUGCCCAAAUUCUCCAGCAGCUAGGUGCAAAGCGGAGCAUUCAGGGAUGGACUGGCUAUCAUCUGCAUUGGAACAUUAAACCCCAGAAAGUGAAAGAAACAAAUGGGGGAACCUCAUUUGACUGCAAUUUUUUAUAAUAAGCACAACAGCUGCAUUUUAUGUAUAACUCUUUUAUUUAGUUUAUAUAUUUAU